AUGACCACUUGGGAUAUAAUCAAACCCAUAGUGAGUAGUUUUCACAAUCAUAUUGUAAUUAUAUCUAGGAAAAUUGAGGCUAGCAGAAUUAAGAUAGCCAAAACUGAAGACAAUGAUAAAAAUGAUGAAUAUGACCUUUUUUCAUCUGAAACACAAAUUAAAAGGAAAUUGGAAUAUGAUGAAGAUGAAUACUAUUAUGAUGAUAAUGAUACACUGACAAAUCAUUAUACUUCAGUAUUGUCACAACUACUAUCAAAUCCAACACAUAAUAUAUCAACAUUGUCAUCUAUUAUCACUAAUGCUACUGUUAUCAAUCCUGGUAUCAAUUACCAAAAUAUAGUUGAAGAUAAUACUGUUAUGCAAAACAAGGAAAGAAAUGUGGAUAAUCGAUAUUAUACUGAUUGGGAUUGUCUUAAUACAUAUUGGAAAUAUUGCAAAGAAAAUAAAUUAACUUAUAGUUUAUUUGGAUUUUUAAUUUAUGCUGUUGCAACAUCAUCAGUAAAUAUAGAGGAUGAUAAUCUUGAAUUUAAUUUAUACAAUCUUUAUAAACGUGAUCAUAAUAGUUUUAAUAUUGAUGUGAUGUAUCUAAAGGAUUUUGAAACUGAAAAAGGGAAUAUAGAUGUUCAACUGUUUUGGGAGGUGGUAAAGAAAGCAAAACCAAAUGAAUAUAUUCUCUUUGGUUAA